AUGGAGCCGCUCAUCAAAUUCCUUUGCCAACAGAAGAAUUACCUCGAGAUCAAAGACCGUUCGGGGUGCACAUCCCUGUUCCUUGCGAUUGAGCAACGAAAGAAGCCGAUGGUGCAGUGGAUUUGCGAGGCUCAUCCUGACAUAAGCAGCAUCAUCUCCAUUGUUGGAAGCAGGGGAAUGAAUUGUCUUCAUAUCGGGAUUCACAAGAGGAUCAAGUUCCUUGACUUACUCAUAAAGAAAGCGAAGCCUGAGGUUUUGGCAGCAAAAGAUGACAAUGGGAACACCCCGCUUCAUCUUGCUGUUGACUACGAAAACUGCAAGAGAGAACAGCUACAAUAUAUCAAGAUGAUGCUAGACAAGGGCGAUCGGGCGAUAUCCAACAGCGCGAACGGUGACUACAACAAGGCGAAUCUCUCUCCUUAUAGAUGCCACAAAGAAAGUGUCAGAAAGGGUCGAAAGAAACAGGCAGAAGAAGCGGAAUCUGUUCCAAAUAGAGGCAUGCCGUCAUCUGUGCCGUCUAUUUUACAACCUGACAGCUCCGUGCGACCCGAGAUGCGAGACAGCGUACAAGUCGAUCACCGAACUAAGUAUGGAGGCAGUUUCACCACCCAGCCUUCUGUUCCCAUUGCCUCACCAGCUCCAAGUGUCGUUCCAGAUGCUGGAGACAACAGCAAGAAGAAACUAACUGGCGAAUCUGGUACGAACAAGUCCAAGAAGAGCAAAAAGAGCGGCAGCAAAUCAGACCCAGUGGAUGAGACCAUUGUGAAAGGAGUUGAACGGUUGCUCAAGCUGCACUAUUUGAGAUCCCGGGAUUGCACUGACGCCAUGGAGAUCUUGUAUGGAAAGAAUACACCCUCGGACAAGGAGCUUAGCUUUGACCUCUCUGGCAUGAUGCAUCCAGAUGAAAGUCUCACUCAAAAGGAACUCACUAAUCUUCUGCGAAACAUCACUUUCGAGGACACUCUCCAAUAUGUUUGGAUCCCCAAAAUCACCGUCGAGGAACCUCACCAAACUAAGUCGAGAACCUCCAUGCGCAAACAAAUUAAGCCCGUACCGGAUGGGGCUGGCAGGUCGGACUUGGUGCACAUAUUCAACCAGCUCCGUAACAAGGGCGUUGAGACGGUCCUUCGCGUGUUUGUACAAGACUCUGAUCCAAACUCUCCAUCCCACAGUGAUGAGGCCAUUGAGAAGGCGCUCCAAGGCAUGGGUGUUGAGGUUUGGGACUGGAACAAGACAGACUUGUGCACCGAAGUUAUUGUCAAUGCCGCUCCCAAGGCACGCGAGGUUCAUCUCUACUGGAGUGGUAAUAAUGCUGUACUCAGAGGCUGGAGCGAGCCUGGAGGGUUGGCAAAGCUAACCGAGCUGGGGCUCGUCAGACUUCAUAUCCAGCAAGGCCUUGAGUCUUCCGUCCGAACUGAAUACAACGUAAACGAGUUCCAGAACAGAAUGAAGCUACUUUGUCCUGAAGUCGAAGUCGAAUUAGAGUGGCCAAAUGCGCACCGAAAACGAACUGAUAAGACCCCCGCUCGCCCUGAAGAAGUCCCGGAGCAUACUACCAAGCACGAAUGGAUCCAGUGCAUGACAGAAUUCAGAAAGCUGAUCUUUGAAGCCGAGGCAAAUUACCCCAUGGCCCCUGGAGCCAAGGUCAGCGAAAUGAUUGAACCAAUCCAAAUUGCGAUCAUCGAUGAUGGAGUUGACAAGAAAGAUCUUGACUACCAUUUUAUCGGUGGUAGAAGCUUUUGCGUACGGUCUGAACAUGGGGGUCUUUUGGAUCCAUAUUACAUGUCUCGAACUGGACACGGAACUAUCAUGGCCAAGAGCAUCCACCUCAUGUGCCCGCAUGCAUCUCUCUUUAUACUAAGACUUGAGGAUACUCCCUCUGAAGAUGGGACCAAGCUGAAUAUCACCGCCAGAAGUGCUGCAAAGGCCAUCCGUGCAGCAAUAGUACAAGGAGUCCAGAUUAUUUCCAUGUCAUGGACCAUCGAUCCACCAAAGGACGACAGAGAAAGACAAGACCUGGAAAACGCCGUCAUCGAAGCUGCCAAAGCCAACAUUCUCAUGUUCUGCUCAGCGAGCGACAAGGGAGCCCACGACAUCCCAACAUAUCCCUCCAAAGCAGCAACAGGCAAGAUCUUCACCAUCGGCGCUGCAAACUCCUCAGGUGCAAGCGUAGACUACGUCGGUAAUGCCUCUGGGCUCAGCUACACCUUCCCCGGCGAUAAGGUCAAAGUCGAUAGCGGUCCAAGCCGAAGGACUCCCCCGGAGAUCGUGGACGGGUCAUCUGUCGCGACUGCAUUAGCAGCUGGUCUCGCAGCCUUGAUUCUCUACUGUGUCCAAGUUAGAAUAUUCCUUGCUAGGGAUUCUGAGAAACAAAAAGCUCGGGAGGAUUAUAGAAAGGUGAAGCAACAUGCAUGGAUGGUAAAAGCAUUUGAUACGAUUGAGACGACAAAGGAGAGUAAUCACAAGUUCCUCAAGGUCUGGGAGGUAUUUGGAAAAUGUGUUGAGCAGAAAGAGCAGACGCCACCGGGAGAAUGGCUCCAGUUGGUGGCUGACGUUGGAACGAGGUUGUGUGUUAGGAUUUACUAA